AUGGCUAGCCCCGUCGAUUCGCCGCUCUUUGAGAAGAGGGGAGACAAUCAAAAGACAGAUGAGAGUACCGAGAAGCUACAAGGUUCCGGCAAAGCUAGAUAUGGAAACGAUACCCAUGCAGAGCAUGCAUCUGAAUCGGAUCGUACAAGCCAAGAUGAUUCCCCCAAGAUUGAGAAGUCCGGCAAAAGAGAACUCACCGAGGACGACUGCUACGAUAAACUAGGCUUCUGCUUUCCCUGGUGGAAGAAAUGGACUAUUCUCACUGUCAUUUUUGUCGUGCAAAUGUCCAUGAACUUCAACACCGGUGUCUAUGCCAACGCAGUCAUUGGUCUAACGGAGGAGUUUCAUAUCAGCGAACAAGCCGCAAGAGUUGGACAGUGUGUCUUUCUGGUCGCCUAUGCAUUCGGAUGUGAGUUGUGGGCGCCUUGGUCAGAGGAGUUCGGCCGAUGGCCGAUCAUGCAGCUGUCCCUUUUCUUGGUGAACAUCUGGCAAAUUCCAUGUGCUUUGGCACCCAACUUCGGCACGAUUGUAGUGUGCCGGAUUCUCGGAGGCUUGAGCUCAGCCGGUGGCUCUGUUACACUGGGCAUGACGGCUGAUAUGUGGGAGUCUGACGACCAGGGCUUUGCUGUGGCCUAUGUCGUUUUGUCAUCUGUGGGUGGUUCUACUAUCGGACCCGUGUUCGGUGGCUUUAUUGGCCAGUACCUUUCAUGGCACUGGGUCUUCUGGGUUCAGUUAAUUUUCGGUGGAAUCACUCAAAUUUUACACUUCUUCGUGGUGCCCGAAACCCGAGCUACAAUUCUAAUUGACCGCGAAGCAAAGCGCCGCCGCAAGAAUGGUGACGAAGUAUAUGGCCCGAACGAAUUGAAGACUCCCCGCCUGGAUCUACACGACGUCCUUCGACUUUGGCGCAGACCAUUCGAGAUGUUCCUUCGCGAGCCGAUUGUGCUAUUUCUGUCUUUGCUCUCAGGUUUCUCUGAUGCGCUGAUCUUCGUGUUUACCGAGUCAUUUACUCUGGUCUUCGAUCAGUGGAACAUGAGUACGCUCGCCAUUGGACUGACUUUCUGUUCAAUUUUGAUCGGCUACGUGAUUGCCUACUUUAUCUAUCUCCCGGACGUCCACCGGCAAAUAAAGUUGCGCAAAACUGAAGGCGCUGGCAGCCGUCUCGCAGAACGUCGACUACUUCUGCUUCUUUUUAUCGCACCUCUGGAGCCUAUCGGACUGCUUGGAUUCGCUUGGACAUCUAUGGGUCCUCCAAUUCCCUGGAUCGCACCUUGUAUCUUUGCCUGUCUGAUUGCGAUGGCCAACUACGCCAUUUACAUGGCUACAAUCGACUAUAUGGUUGCAGCUUACGGUCCAUACUCCGCGUCCGCUACUGGCGGCAACGGGUUUGCUCGAGAUUUCCUCGCCGGUAUUGCCACCAUGUAUUCGACUCCGAUGUACCAAAAUAUCGGUGGCAAAUAUCACCUUCAGUGGGCGAGCACACUUCUUGGUUGUGUUGGCUUUCUUGUCCUAAUCCCAAUCUAUGUCUUCUACUGGAAGGGACCUGAUAUUCGAGCGAAGAGCAAGUUCGCACAGCAGCUGGAAGCAGACCGCUUGAGGCAUAAUGGUCGGCGGGCAAGUCAGUUGCAUGCCAAUGAAGAACCUUAUGCCUAG